GCCCUUAUAAUAAUGUUUUGCGUCAUUUUCUUGUGCUCGCAAUUCAACCCUGUGCCGGUACGCCGGCAAUAAAUUUCCCAACUUGAUCUUUCUUUACAUUUUCAGGGGAUGUGAAUCCCUCCGCUGACUUUGCUUUGCCAAAUAAAUUGUAUCCACAUCAACUGCCUAUUACUUGUAUCCUCGCAUUAUCUCUCUCACCAUGGGCACCUCUUUUUACAGUUUCCAAACUUUGAAUCUCUAUGUCAUUGCCUUCCUGCUGCUGCUUCUUCCACCCUCUGCUAAUUCAAUUUCCUUUCAAAGAACACGAUUUGACCCUAGUGACAUCAGCAUAAUCUGUGAGGGAGGUGCAUCAACUCGUGUUGGAAGCAUUGAAUUCAAUAGUGACACUUAUAUGUGUCAAGUUGGUAGGGCCACUUAUGCCAAGAAGGUGCCUCUCUGGGACUCUUCCACUACAAGGCUGACCGACUUCAGUACCCAUUUCUCUUUUUACAUCGACAUUCAAGGUCGUACUUCUUAUGCAGCCGGAUUUGCUUUCUUCAUCGCUCCUGUUGAGUUUCACAUACCCCCGAAUUCAGCUGGAGGUUUUCUAGGCUUGUAUAACAUCACCACAAGUGACUCUCCGCAGAACCAUAUUGUCCACAUUGAAUUUGAUUCUUUUGCGAAUCCUGAAUGGGAUCCUCCAAUUCAACAUGUUGGGAUCAAUAACAACUCAGUUUCCUCGGCCACAUACACCUAUUGGAAUACCUCCUUGCACAGCGGCGAUACUGCUGAUGUGCGAAUCACUUAUAACUCCACUACAAAGAAUCUGACGGUUUCUUGGAAGUAUCAGACAACUUCAACUCCUCAAGAGAAUACUAGUCUUUCCUACAUUAUUGAUCUCAGGAAGGUUCUUCCUGAGUGGGUCACGAUUGGGUUUACAGCUGCUACUAGUAACCGUAUAGAGCGGCAUGUGCUUCAGUCAUGGGACUUCAGUUCUACCCUGGAGAUGAGUGAAACAAGCGGAAAGAGUGCUAAAAAUAUAAAGCUCGUGGUGAGUCUGACAGUUUCAGGAGCUGUUUUGAUUAUUGUGAUUGCUGUUGUAUCUGGAAUUUUGUGGAGACGGAAGUUGGUAAGGAAGGAAACAGCGGAGACGGUGAACUUAACAUCAAUCAACGAUGACAUUGAAAGGCGUGCUGGUCCGAGAAGAUUUUCCUAUAAAGAUCUUGUUUCAGCUACCAACAACUUCUCUGCUGAGAGGAAGUUAGGGGAAGGAGGGUUUGGAGCUGUUUACCAAGGGCAAUUGGCUGGUAUAGAUACGGCAGUUGCCGUGAAAAAAAUCUCUAGAGGUUCGAAACAGGGGAAAAAGGAAUACGUAACUGAGGUGAAGGUCAUUAGCCAGUUGAGGCAUCGGAAUCUAGUGCAACUCAUAGGUUGGUGUCAUGAUAGAGGUGAGUUCCUUCUUGUGUAUGAAUUCAUGUCAAAUGGUAGCCUUGAUUCUCACCUUUUUGGUAAGAAGAUUCCUCUCACAUGGACAGCAAGAUACAGAAUAGCUCUUGGAUUGGCCUCUGCUUUGCUUUAUCUUCAUGAAGAGUGGGAACAGUGUGUGGUGCAUCGCGAUGUAAAAUCAAGCAACAUAAUGCUCGAUUCAAGUUUUAAUGUCAAGCUCGGUGAUUUCGGGCUAGCUCGACUCAUGGACCAUGAGCUAGGUCCGCAGACUACAGGUUUGGCAGGAACUCUAGGCUAUUUGGCUCCAGAAUAUAUAAGCACAGGUCGAGCUAGCAAGGAAUCUGAUGUAUAUAGUUUUGGCGUGGUUUCUCUAGAGAUUGCUACUGGAAGAAAAGCAGUUGAUGCCAUUGAACAGAAAUCAGAAAUGAGCUUGGUAGAGUGGAUUUGGGAUCUUUAUGGAACUGGAAAACUCAACUUGGCCGUUGAUGAGAAACUUCACUCUGAAUUUGAUGAGAAUCAAAUGGAGUACUUGAUGAUUGUUGGGUUGUGGUGUGCUCACCCUGAUCGCAAUAUAAGACCCUCGAUAAGGCAGGCAAUUCAUGUUCUUAACUUUGAAGCACCAUUACCAAAUCUUCCCACAAAGAUGCCUGUUCCUCUGUAUCAUGUGCCUACACCAUCGCUUAGCUCCGGUGAGCCCUUGAUAUCACACUCAAUGGAUGUGGGUCGUUAAACAUGGCUUUUCACUUGUAACAUGCAAUAAUGUAGAUAGAGAGAUGAGUGCCGAGAUGCUUAAAUAGAUCUUCCUUUU